UGUUUGUCGACAGCAACAUUCAUACUCGAGUCAAAGGCUGUGGCUUGCGUCUUUGUUAAGACUUUGAGGACAUGUUCACAACCCUCCCCGAGAACCUGCUUUUUUGUCUCAUAGGAAUAAGACAUUCACUUUGAGUUCAGCUUUUCAUUCCUUUUAUGUCAAAAAAACAACACACGGGUGUGUAGUAGAAUUGCAGUGAAAUUGGAGAGAAAAAAAAAAAUACACUCAAACAUGGAGGGCUAUGAGAUCCUCAAAGAUAUUGGUUCUGGAAAUUUUGCUGUGGCCAAGCUUGUUAGAGACAACUGCACCAAUGAGCUUUUUGCUGUCAAGUUUAUUGAGAGAGGCCAGAAGAUUGACGAGCAUGUCCAGAGGGAAAUCAUGAACCACAGAUCAUUGAAGCACCCCAAUAUUAUUAGAUUCAAAGAGGUUCUGUUGACCCCAACUCAUUUAGCCAUAGUAAUGGAGUAUGCUUCUGGAGGAGAACUCUUUGAGAGGAUAUGCAAUGCUGGUAGAUUCAGUGAGGAUGAGGCAAGAUUUUUCUUUCAGCAAUUGGUAUCAGGAGUCAGUUACUGUCAUUCAAUGCAAAUUUGUCAUAGAGAUCUGAAGCUUGAAAACACACUUUUAGAUGGAAGCACUGCACCACGAGUCAAAAUUUGUGACUUUGGUUACUCAAAGUCAUCAGUAUUGCAUUCACAACCUAAGUCUACGGUAGGAACUCCAGCUUACAUUGCACCUGAGGUUCUUACAAGGAAAGAAUAUGAUGGAAAGGUUGCAGAUGUUUGGUCUUGUGGAGUCACCUUAUAUGUGAUGUUAGUUGGGGCUUAUCCUUUUGAAGACCCUGAAGAUCCAAGAAACUUCAAAAAAACCAUUGGUAAGAUACUUAGUGUCCAGUACUCGGUCCCCGAUUAUGUACGAGUUUCCAUGGAAUGUAGACAUCUUCUAUCACAAAUAUUUGUGGCAAGUCCUGAAAAGAGAAUAAAAAUACCAGAAAUCAAAAACCAUCCAUGGUUUUUAAGGAACUUGCCCAUAGAACAGAUGGAAGGUGGAAGCUGGCAAAUGAAUGAUGUAAAUAAUCCAUCACAAAGUGUUGAGGAAGUCCUGUCUAUUAUACAAGAGGCAAGAAAAUCUCUUAAUGUUCCCAAGGUUGGAGGCCUUCUUAUUGGGGGCAGCAUGGACCUAGAUGACUUGGAUGCUGAUGAAGAUCUUGAAGAUCUACAAACAAGUGGUGAAUUUGUGUGUCCUAUUUAAGUGUGUACAUGAACAAGCUGAGUUAGCUGUGAAAAUGUAAAUAGAUUUUUCUGUAGGGGCUAAAAUUCCUUGAUGGUUAACUUAAUUUUCAAUUAAGAUCAGUAGCCCCAUUUGUAUGGCUUGUUAUUUAUUAGUUUUGACAUUUGAAGGUUUUGUUUCCUUAUGUUCAUUUUGCCCUCUCCCCCAUCACACAUGUGGAUGUCCUCAGAUUUAGGAACUUCCAAAACCAUGUGCCGUUUUCCUAGAGAAGUAACACCACAUGUUCCAAAGAUGAGAAUAUUAAAUAAAGCAAGUUGUGGCAGGUUCCACUUUUGCA